AUGGUGUGGGAGGGCACCAACCCACCUACCGAGCCGGCCGGCUACGACCCCGAGAACAAGUUUGCCGACCCGGUUCUCUACUUCAAGCACCGUGAGGCCAAGGUGGCUGAGGAGUACGUCAAGGUGGCCGAGGCAAAGCUGAUCCGCAAGGAGCUGAAGAAGUGCUAUAAGGAGUCGGGGGUCAACUACCAGCAGAAGUGCCGAGACCUGGCGCUGGAGUACCUGAGUGCCAUCAAGGGGGUGGGCAUCUACCGGUCCAACUCGGGGCCACACGACGAGCCGCGGUGGGAGCAGUACAAUGCCGGCCUGAACCAGAAGGAGACCUGA